AUGAAACAAUUAUUGAAACCUUCUAUAAAUUUUGAUUUCAAUGAUGUCAUUUUUGAAGAUACUCUAACUUAGAAACUAAGUUCAAAAUAAAAUAAGGCUUAAUUCAAUCAUUAAUAAAGAAAAGAUGAAGAUAUGAGAAACUAGAAAACUAAUGUCAGACCAUGGAGUUCCUAAAGAUAAAUGACAGAUUAAUAUUAAGGAGAUUAAAAUUAGUAACUUAAUGGAAAGAAUUCUAAAUAAAAUAAACAGAAACAACAUUUUACAUAAAAUAUGUCUGCAAAAUAAAUGAAAUUUGAUAAAAAUCAAGUAUGUACAACAAGUCCUUGUAUUCAAUCUAAUUUUUAUUUUCCAUAAUAAUAACACAACAUCCUUAAAAAAUGUACAACCAAUUCAUAAUAAUAAAUUAUCUAAUAACAGUUAGAUAACUAGAAUAACAAUAAAUUAUAAUAAUAAAAUCAAGAUAUAAUUAAAAAUGCAGGUAUUUUUGAUUGGAAUGAUAAUGAUUUUGAAAAUUAGUUUUAUAUUACUAAUAAACAAUAUGAAUCUAUUGAAAAAUUGAAUUAAGAAAAAUUUAUAUAAAAGUAAUAAAAGCCUGAUGUCAUUUAAAUUUCAAUCAAAUAAAACCAAGAAAUAUUAAAACAAUAAUAGAAAGAGAUUUUGUAAAAAUUUGAUAAUAUUGAAUAAUUAAGAAUGAAUGAAAAACUAAAAAACAAUUAAGUAAUAUCAUAAUUAGUACUUUUGGAUACAGUUAAAUAAAAUGAUAAUAUAAAAGAAGGAAAGUUAAUUGAAUAGACACCUAUUAAUAAUAUUUAAAAAUUUAUCCAUUAUGAAUAGGAAUAUGAUGAGGAAUCUUUUGAAAUAGAUGAAGAGAAUAAAGUAGAUGAUAAAUAAAAUAAAACUCAAAAAAAAUUAUAAGAGAAUGACGUUAAAUAAUCUAAAAUUAAAUUAGAUAAAGUUUAAGAUAACAGUAAGAAAGUUAAGUCAAAUGAAAGUUUAAUUAAGACAUCCUCCUAAAAUAAAAAAUAAAUAAUUUAUAAAGCUAAAAAUGUUAAAGAACGAAAAUAAGAAUUAAUUAAUAUGAGAUCUGAUCUUGAGAAGUAUUUGUUGUAGAAUAACGAAGCAAUUUCUAAAAUGUUUCAAGAAUUACAAGAUACUAAAGAUAAGGAGAGAAUUAUGAUUGAAAUUAAUACUAAAAGAUAGGAAGAAUUAUCUUAAGCAAGACUCACAUUAAAGUAACUUUAAGAAAAAUUUAGUAGAUAAUAACAGAUUAUUGAAGUAAUCAUGAAAUUAAUAUAUUUAGGAUUUAAAUCAGAAAGAACAUUAUGCAAACUAAAUUAUUUAAAAGUUGACUGAAAACAAAUAAAAGUAUAAUCAAUAGUGGGAACAUUAAAUGGAGAAAUAUAUGGCAUGUAAAGUUAUUGCUAGAUUUUUGAAAGGAAAGAGAGAUAGAAAACUAUAUACAGAAUUUAAAAGACAAAGUUUUAUUAAUAGAUUAAAAUAAUGA